AUGUCGAAGCAAACAAGACAGUACAAGUUCUUAGAAGAUAUAAAUAAUAUUGGCGAAGAGUUUUCAGAAAUUAGUGAAGAUGAAUUUUCUGAAAAUGAAGAUAUAUUGGUUGCAAAUAAAAAUGAGUUUGAUUCUACAGAUACUGACGAUGAAGAGGAAAAUAUUAUGAAUGUAUGUAGUGGCCGAAAAAGAAUAAGAUUACUCUCAAGUUCGGAAGAAAGUGAAGUAGAAAUAAAUGAACAAAAUGUUGCGAAUGAUGAUGGAUCUGUUUGGCAACAAAUGCAAGUAGGUGGCACACCUGGAAGAGCACCACUUCAUAACAUUUUUAGGCAAGAAGUAGGCCCAACAGGAUAUGCAAAACGUCAUAUAAUGAAAGGUAAAGUUAGUACUGCAUUUUCAUUGAUAAUUGACCACCGUAUUAUGAACCAUAUAAGAACAUUCACAAUAGAAGAAGCAAACAGAGUGUUAGGUUCCGAUUGA